AUGUGUUGGCUGUGCCUGCGCACAGGAUUAGCAGGAACAGCUCUUCAUGCAUGGCUUGCAACCAUAGGGUUCUCCUUCCUUAUGGCCGAGGCAAUAAUGUGUCAUUACAAUAACAAUGUUUUGACUUUUAACUAUAGUCGAUCCACAAAAACCCAUCUGCAUUUGAUACUUCAGAUUUUGGGGGGAGGUUGUGGCAUAGCUGCUACACUCAUAAAAUGCAUACAACACAAUUUUGUAUUCGACGGUAUUCAUGCCAAGUUGGGUUUUGCUGCUUUCAUUUUAUGCUGUGUCAGUUUGGUUUCUGGUUUGGCAACCUACUUUGCUAAAAAUAUAAAAAAAUGUCUUAGUCCUAUUAUAACCAAAACUUUCCACAACCUAUUGGGUAUUGGCACCUUUGCUGUGGCUUUGGUAACACAAUUUUAUGGCUAUGAGACGGGAUUCUUUAAGCACGCCUCGCCCUCAGAUGAUUUUACGAUUUUGAUACAAGUCAUAAACUUGCUAAUAUUGGUGCUAUCAUGUUGGGGUCCACUGAAAUCAUUGUUCUACAAGCUGUAUUCCAUGUUUGGAAGUGAUGAUUAGUUUUGGGAGUAUUUUUUAUUAAUGUAAUUAACUAUAAGGAAAUUAUUUAUAGGGAAAUUUUAUAUGUUAAUAAAAACAGACUAUGAAAAAUUC